UAAAACUUCAGGAAUGCUAAGCCCAUCCUUAACACAGUGGAGUAUUUUCUGUCCGUUAGCACUGGACAGGGUCUAGCUAUGGGAGGUAUCGCUCCAUGAUUGUGUCUUAACAUCAUCUGCUCAUCUAUGAGUUUCAUGGAACCACAAGUAAAGAAGUCAGAGCUUCCAACCCGCGGUCUUCCCAAGAGACCGGGACAAGGAUCUCAGCAUGGGAUGUGUCUGCCAUUACACAGCGGUGAUCACAGCAACAAUGCUUUUACCUGUGAUUCUUCAUUGUCGUCAUCCUCAACUUCACCUUUGUAUUGUAAAGGUGAAGUUUCUCCAGACUCCACGCGUAGCUUGAGUAGUCUAAGCAGUGCCAGAACGGAUAGCCCGCUGGAUGUGGACAUGGCUGAGGUAGAGAUGGGAAAAACAAUGGCAAGCGGUGAUGAUUCAGGAAUACAGAGUCCAGAAUGCAGACCUAACUAUGGUGAUGACAAUGACAACUCUGUGUCUGUCUAUCUGGAUGCCAACGAAGAAUGUUGGAGUGAUGAUGAGGAAGAUGAUAACCAUAAUGUCACAUUGGUGGUAACACAGAAGGUUGGACAAACAGAUCAAAAUAGUAUAUCCUUGUGCUCCUCGGAAAGUGAUGAUGAAGAAGAAGAGGACUCUUUUCUCUCUUUAGCAUCUGAAGAUUUGGUGAUAAAGAACCAAGUUCUGGCAGUGUCCUCCAGCUGUGAGAUGGUAAUGCCAAUUGUUGCUUUAACAGACAUUUCUCAAGACCAACCACCAGAUGUGAAGUUGGAGAUGUCCAACAGAGUGCUUAAUUUGGCUACGGUUGAUGAUCUCCAAAAGGAAGUGGUCAAAGGGGAUCUCUCAUUUGACUUGAUCCCAGCCACUCAAGCUAUUGACAACAUGACUGAGACAGCGUUGUCCCCUAGAGAUUCAGAAGGUAAUGCAAUCUGCACUAUCAUGACAGAUAUCAAAAACAUACAGGUCAAUACUUCAUCAAACGUGGAAAAUCAGCCAAAGUCCCCAGCAAAAAAGACCAAUGAUCUGGCAGGACACGGUCUCAAAGCCAAGCCUCCUACGAGGGCUGCCCUGACCAAAGCUACAAAGCCUGAGAUGAAGAGAUUCCCCAGGCCAGACUUGAGAAACAUAAAGGCUAAAAUCAUCUCCAGGGCCUCCUCGGCUCCGAGAUCAAUCAAUCCCGAAAAAACAAACGCUAAUCUUUGCCGAUCACCUUCUGCGAAUAAGCUUCCUGCCACAGCAGGCUAUCGAACGAAGAGGAAAGUGGAUGAUAAAGCUGUUGUGAAAAGAAGCAGAUCAUCAUCCAGCCACUCAAGGGGGACUGAAGUGAAGAUCUCAGACCGUCCAACGUUAGAUCCUGAACCCAAACCAACGUGUCCUUCGCUGGAUACAAAGACAGAUCACAUUAAGUCCUCAGUAAAUGUCUGUCAGGAGCAAGAUUUAAUCGCGUUGUCCUUGCGUACAUCAGAAGAAGAAACAUCAAUAAAAUCAGAAUCAUCGGAUUUCAUAGUUAAAGAGGCUGAUCACAAGAACGAAGCUGGAAUUAAAACUUCUAAAUACAAAAGCAAGACUGUUUCUUCUAAGCUGGGACCAUCUCUAGGGACUGCAUCUACAUCUGAACCCCCAGAACCCAAAGCGAAGCCCCCUGGCCGGGAAGCCCGAUCUACAGGUGGUCUGGGUCCACCGGGAAGCCGAGUUGUUCAGCCAGCGGGUCUUUCCAGGAUGCGCACCACAGACAAAUCUACAAUCCCCUGCAGCCCAAUCACAGUUUCAAGCUGUAAGCUUCCUCAGAAAGCAUCUUCCAAACUACCAGUGAAAACCAAUCCCACAAGUCCCAGCUCCUCCUCGAGUACAAUCAGUGAAAACAACUGUAUCAAUGUAAACAAAGUCCCUGAAGAGAAAUCUAUCAAGCAAUCUCCUCCAUCCCAGAUGCAAGGAAAGUCUCUGGUCAGUAAACCUGCAUCAGGUCACCGCAACAGAGCGAGCUCCAUCCCAUCCAAACCAGUAACAGGGCUAAAGGUCCCAGCUGUGACCAACCACAUUACAGCUAAGAAUAACCAGAAUGCUUUGCAGCGAAGUGGAUCUGCGCGACAUAUUCGCUCAAUGACAACAGCAGUGGACAAGACUUCCAAAGCGCCAAAGGCUGCAGGGACGACGGCUGGACGGACACAGCCGCACAGCGUGGUUGGGGUAAAUGCACAGACUGAGGAAGAAGAGGAGAGAGAUCUUCGUACUCAAAGUGAGAAGAAGAGUCAGUGUAUCCUGCAGCUUCGCAAAGUCAUCGCUAAUGGCAACCGACGCCUGGAGGCUCUUGCCCUGGUCGUUCAGCAUGUAUUCAGUGAGCGCGAGGUGGCAAUCAAACAAAAGGAAGAACUUUCUGUCCAGCUUAACAACUUGCGAGACCAACUGGGUAACUCAAUCUCAUGCUGUGAGCAGCUGGAGAAGGACAAAGAGGAGGUGCGUGUAUCUCUGGAGGCAUUUUUGCAGAAACUCCAGGAGCAGCAUCAAACAGAACUACAGCAGCUCGAGGAGCGACUGAAAGAGUUUUACUCGGCAGAAUGGGACAAAACUCACCAGGCCUACCAGAAGGAGGCGGAUAAGUGCAGGGCACUCAUGCAGCAGCAGGUGGACGAGGUGAGGAGCAAACAGGAGGCCCUGAGGAACCAGCAGGAAGUUGCACACAGCAAGCAGAUAGAGACAUUGAAAAAGGAACAUGAGACAACACUCGCAGAGCUGAGGAAGACUCAUGAACAGCACACGGAAGACCUGGACAAAACGUUUAAGGAGUCUGAAGCCUUGCUCAAUGAGAAAAUUCAGACCUUGACAGCAGAAAACGAGGCUCUGAAGGAGAAACUGAGAGAGGAGGAGGAGCGAAGGAAAGCUUUGGCAGAUAAGAGUCAGAAGGACGCCCAUACGCUGUAUUUGGAGCAGGAGCUGGAGAGUCUCCGAGCUGUGCUGGAAAUAAAGACCAACCAGAUACACCAGCAAGACAAGAAACUUAUGCAAAUGGACAAACUGAUCGAUGAUAAUUUGAAACUGGAAGAGUGUCUUAAGAAAGUCCAGCAGGAAAAUGAAGACUACAGAGCUAGAAUGGACAAACAUGCUGCACUGUCAAAGCAGCUUUCCACAGAACAGGCAAUGCUUCAACAGACCCUGCAGAAAGAGUCAAAGGUCAACAAACGGCUAUCCAUGGAAAAUGAGGAGCUGCUGUGGAAACUGCACAACGGGGAUCUCUGUAGCCCUCGACGCGUCUCUCCCUCCUCCCCCUUCCCCUCGCCCCAAAAUUCCGCCUCCUUCUCCGCGACCCCAAUAUCACCUAGAUAACCUCUGACCUCAGAUCAACUCAACCCAGAGGGCACCUAUGGACCUUUUGGCCAUUUUAUUCCUAUAAUAGGACUUGUAUAGAUUGUACAGACUUAAAGUUUAUAAAUGUCCCCUAUCAAAUGAAAGACAAUGAUGCACAGUUGCACUUCUAGGUCAAGGAAAUCACUUGAUCGGUUACAUGCUUGUUCGUUCCAUGACGUAUUAUUUCUUUAUUUCUCACACACCUACACAAAUUUCUCUGGGGAGGGGACACACCUCAGGGCUUGUACAUAAAGUAUCUCUCCCUCGGACUGACAUUUUCUGUUAAACCUGUUUACCUUUUUUAAAAAAUUUAAAACGGUUAGUACAUUUGCAGAGGAAAGAUGUUGUAUUUUUUGUAUGCUCACAAGAAUGCGAUAUGAUAUUUACAUAAGAAAUGGAAAAGAAAGAAAUGGCUUAAAAGACAACCUCACAGGUCCUAACUGUUCCUUAUGUUGUGGAAUGUAUUUACUUCAUCCCAAACUUGUUUUCCCCUGCCUCUACAUUUAAAACUUUUUUCCCCAUCUCAACCACAGUGAUCUUUUAUUGGUUGUUUUUAUUUUUUUAAUUAAUGCAUUAAACUUCUGGAUGCUUAUCUUUA